UCCCGGCGGAGCCGCGCGCGGGCCGCCAGCGCGGUAGCGGCGGGGUGCGCACCUGCCGCUAUUGGCGGCCGCCGGAGCGCUGAGGGGGGAGGCUGCGGGCCCGCCCCGCAGCGCCGGCGUUGGGAACGGCCCCCCUCGGGCCUCGGCCGGGGGUGCCGCUGCCCGCCCCCCCCCCGUUCUCCUGCCGGUGGCCCCCGGGCCGAGGGGACCCCGCCUGAGGCACGGCGGGAGCCGGCCGGUGCCGGGCCGCCUGCCGCCCGCCUGCCGGCUGCCUCCCGCCCCGGUGCCGAGGGACCGCCCGCGGAGCGUGGCAGCCGGCGGGGGUGCGGGGCGGCCUGCCCGGGGCCGAUGGCCCGGGGCCGGGAGAGAAGGGCAGCGAGUGCAACUCUGUGGUGGCAGUGGAAUUCCGCAGACAUCACUCAGCAGAUAACAACUUCACCGUCCUCCUUCAGGGGCCAGGACCCACUCCUAUUGCUGAAAACCCUUCAGCUUCUCUGGACAAAGAAGGAGAUGAAGAAGCAGCUCAAGGAAGAAAUCAGGCGGGGCUUUGCAGGACUGGAGGACCCACUGGCAGGACUCCUAGACAUGCUGGAGAGCAGCAGUGAUUGGAAGGGGAAAGGGCAUUCCCUCGGGUAUUACAUCACCACUGAGUUGCAGCUUUGGAUAAAAGAGCAUCCUGCUGUUCAACAGUCUGGCAUCAAGCUGAAGAAGCUGCAGGCCCGUGUACUCAGAAUACUAGCCCAGUGCCCAGCUAAUCUUCUUGGCCCUCUGAUUAGCAUUUACCAGCUCCAUACAGCAGACCGGAACUAUUUGCUUGGACAUGUCAGUCAUCUUUAUCACAAGGGCGAUUACAAAGAGGCAGCCUUACUGAGUAUUAAGCUAAAAUUACAGCCAGAUCAAGAUGUGGAGAAGAUGUGUACGCCACUACUGCUCCAAGAUAAAACUAACUUGGUGGAAGAUUAUGUGGGAGAAUAUCCUGAGCUCCAGAGCAAGCUCUUGCAGAUUCUGGACAUGUGGUGUGAACCUGGUUUUAAUAUCAGAGACAUCACAAGACAAUAUCAAGGCCUGUCCAGGUACAAACCAGAUAAAUUUAACCGCAAAAUGCUAAGCAAGCUGGUCUUCAGGCUCCUAGACCGAUUUAACGUGGAUCCAGCUCUCUGCCCUAAUGUCAUAAAUCAGCGGCACUUGAGAACUCUGAAUUACCUCUUUUACAAGAGGUUUGUUGAGAAAACCAUGACUCAGGAGAAUUGGACAGAUCACGUUCAGAGCACAGUUGGAGAGAAUCGAUGGCUUCAAGGGCACCUGAUACAGUUGCUAAUCAGUUACUGUGAUUUGAAGACAGCAGCAAGAUGGGCCCAAUGCUGCAAUUUGCCCAAGGAGAUGCUGCCUUAUGGAGUGGCUGAUGAGCUUCAAAAGCUUCAGAUCCAAGAGAGGGUAGAAGAGGCCACAAAAGCAGAUAAUUAUGAAGAGAGUAAGAAGAAGGACUAUUACCAGCUUCCUAUUCCACGGGCAAAUAUUCACUUCCUGCAGACGUGGGAGGAGACACUGCAGUGCUGGGAAAAGGUGCUGCGGCCUGGGCAGGUUGUUGGCAUUGACAUGGAGUGGAGGCCUUCAUUUGGCAUGGUCGGGAAGCCCCGUGUCUCCCUCCUUCAAAUCGCUCUGAAUGAUGAGGUGUUCCUGCUUGACUUGCCACGACUCCUCGAGCAUGCUGAGACGGAGGGUGGGAAGGAGAAGCUUCCCCAUUUCAUCCAGAUGCUCUAUUCAGAUGCAGCCAUCACUAAACUAGGUUAUGGGAUGUCUGGAGACCUUAGCAGCCUUGCAGCCACUUGGCCUGCUUUAAAAGACACAGAUAAGCAAGCGCAAGGUGUGGUGGACCUACUCACAGUAGACAAACAAUUGCAGAAGAGCUCCAUUGACUGGAAGAAGGGUGGCCGGAAGGUCGAUGUACUGUCCCCGGAGCAGAACAAUGAGGAUAGAGGGUUCAGGCAGCCAGAGAAAGGACUCAGCCUCUUGGUGCAACAUGUGCUGGGGAAACCGCUAGAUAAAACAGAGCAGCUGUCUAACUGGGAGAAACGGCCUCUCCGAGAGGAACAGAUCCUCUAUGCAGCUUCAGAUGCAUACUGUUUGCUGGAGAUCUAUGAGAAACUCUGUAAGGAUCCGGCGAGCUUUGGUCUGAGUUCAGACCUGACUGCGAGUCUGGUGGGAAAAUCAAGCAUAAAACCCAGGGCAAAGAAGCAGCUGAAUAAACAAGAAGUACUGUCACCUUCUGGACAGCAAUGCAAAGGUUCCAAAAAGGAGACCUCGUGCUGCCCUGCUCCCAUCUCCCCAAAGGAGUUCAGUGUGGUCUGUGAUAACAUGCUGCAAGGCCUUGGGCGCUAUCUUCGCUGCCUUGGUGUAGAUGUCCAGAUGCUGGAGAAUGAGGAUGACCAUAGGAAAGCAGCUGAGAUUGCCCGACAGGAAGGAAGAGUCAUUUUAACCUCUGGACUCCCAUAUCAGACUCUGCAGUCCCAGGUAGCAGAAGGAAGGUGUUUCUCUGUGAACUGCUCAGAAAAGGCAAAAGAACAGGCCCUGCAGGUUCUGAAGCACUUCAACGUUCAAGUAUCCCUGGCAGAUAUCUUCAGCCGCUGCCAGGAUGUGAUUCAUUGGAUGACCUGACUAACUUUAACAUGUCACUGCUGUUGAAGGAGAAGGUCCCGCUCCACCUACCUCUCCUUGGUGCGCUCUCCUGAGCUCAAGCGGCCGCUGAGUCUCCUGUGACCAGCCAGGAAGCCAGUUCAGUACACUGCAACGGCAGAAAACAAACCUGGCCCAAAAAAAGGAGGUGGUAUUUCCAUGCUUGCAAGGUGAAUGGCUCCUCUGUGAUCUGAGGUUGUGCCAGGACCAGUCCAAGGGUGUGAGCAGGCACUGAGAGGGGGUCAGGGAAGGGGGGUUCCUGAGAAGUCCCCUCUUGGCAGCAAGGAGCUUUGAAGAUGGCUCCGCUGUGCCGUGAAACUGUGCCCUGAGCAUCAGUGCCCAGUGAGUGUCCAAGGCAGGUUUCCUGGGCUAGAAGGGUCUUUGCUCCGACUUUACCCUGCUUGGGUAACCCCUGUGUGAUGAUAGUGUCCAGUUCUGGUCCCCAACAGAUGGAAGUCAGAUGGGAGCUGCAGGGAAAUCUGUAGGCAGAUCAGGGAAAUGAAUAUGCUGCCUUACAAGAGGAGACCUAAAAAAGCCUGAUGUGGUCAGCUAAGGAGAGGGGCUGGCUGCGAGGGGCUCUCCCUGCUAGUGCUGGCUGCGAGGGUUGACAUGGACGUAGGAAGGCAGAGAGAUGUGGAGCUAAGACAACAGUACACAGGAAUGAAGGUGCAAAGUGCCAUGAAUGAAGCCAGGCUGGAAAUUAGAAGGAGGCUCCAAAUCCCCAAGAAAGCAGGUUUCCACACCUUGUCCCACUGUGAAAAAACCCUAACUCAAUUUCUGCGGGGACUAGAGGACAUGGCACUGCAGGAGCAAAGCCCAACCUCAGGAACACAGCAAGUCCCUUCCCAUCCCGCAUUCAGGACUCCUUGUGUGUAUGAUCUCCUGUAAUCAAGGUCUGACUGUGCAGACGACAGGUUUGCAGGUUUUCUUUUGCCUUUGCCAGUUAAAGAAGGGACAUACGCUUCUACUCCCAUGGUUGCACCCCUUGAUGUGUCCUUGCUUGUGCUCCUUACAUGCAUGUGAGCACUGGGGUUUUGUUCCCUGUGUCCUGCUAUACAAUUAUAUCUCCUAGCUAUGCUGCACUGCAGAUAGAUAGUGAGUAAUACUCCAGCCUUAAAACAAAAAAAAUCCCUCCUGGCUGUUAUUUCUGCAAUUUGCCAAAUCUAUUUGCACUAUUGCUAUUUGCACCAUUUGCUACUUGUACCGUUUGCCAGAGUCCCUACCAGAUAUUGGCACUGGCAGAGUGUGACAGAAAAAAAUGACAGUUUGAACACGUCCCUUUCUUUUUUCUAAUGAUCCCAUGAUACGGUAUUUUGUGUUGCAACACAAAGGAUCACCUGAGGCGGUAGAAUGGUGAGAAAAUAAGCCUAUUAAAAUGUUCGAGCUUACUUAACUCUCCGACAACAUUAGAGGAUAACUAGUAAGUUUUUAGCCAAGUCUGUGAGUCAUCUUGUCCUUCACAAUUGUCACAGCUCGGUUCAUCUGUUCAGUGUAAUUGCUGGGGGAGAACCACUUGCAGCAGAACAGGAGCCGUCGUGCUCAAAACAGCGAAGGACCUGCAGUCGGGUUCCUGGUCAGCAUUAGCAAGUCAUUGAAGCCCAGCACCUGAAAUUAAACAAAACCUAAACUCUUUGAAUAGCUGAGAUAAGAACCCAUCAGGAAAUGAGGCUGAUGACUCUUCCAUCUAUGUGAAGCUUUUAAAAAAAUUUUUAUUAUUAUUUUAUGUAAAUCAAAUUAGCUAUCAGCACUAUUUGGAUCAUCUCCUAUCUCAGGUACUGGCAUAAAGCCUCCAGCCUUCCCUUGUAAAAUGCUGGGAAAGUGGCCCAUUCAUCACCAGCCACUGUCAAGUGUUUUUUCAGUCUGCUCCUGAUUAAGCAGCAUGGUAUCAAGGGGAUAAUUGCUCGUUGGAAUAGAUCCCAGAAGAAAAUCAUUCAGUUCUUUCUUAUCAGGUCCUUUCUUGCAGGGCGAGAUACCCACAAGACUUAUCUCCCUCUUCAGUCCUGGCCUCUAAUUACUAUCUAAGCAGCUCAUUAGAAAACCUUCAUUAAAGUGUAAUAGUUGAAGCUGAAAAUAAAUGAAGGCUGAUGCUGUGGUAAAGCGCUGCCCUCCCACGCGCAGGCUGGGCACCCAUUGCUGCCCCGUGGGGUGUCGGAGCAGGAGCUCACGCUCGUCUGCCCCACAGCCACAGCGGCAGGAACAUUUGGCAGAGAAGUGGGGCCGUGGCGCUCCAUGGCAUACACCAAACCCAGGUAUGUCACUUGUCCUGGUGCCAACCUGCCUGUUAUGGUUGCAUCACGGUGUGGCUCCAGCCCAUGCUGGAAGUCUACCAGGAGCUGAGCUCCAUGCUCAGCCCAUUUCCAUGCCUAGCACAGGAUUUCAGCAGCUGGGAGGCAUUGCAAAGUUAUGAUUACAGCCUAGAGAAAACUGGAGACCAUAGCAAUAGCAUUUUAAAGAAAACAAAAAAAUUUUACAUACAUGGGAAAUGUUUUUAUAUUAAUUUAUUUGCUGGUGAAAUAUUCACAAGUGUGGGCCUGAAGUCUUCUCUGUGUCUCCAGAGCAUGGUCAGCAUUAGCACAGAUUUCCCCCCUAAACGUGCUGCAGUCCUGGCCAGGUUGGGUCUUAUUUCUCUGGCUGUAAAAUGUCUUAGGGAAGGAAUGGACACGCAGGCUCCGUACUUCCCUGUGUCCUGGCUCCCUGACAGUUUCAGCCCCAGAGGAGUCACUUUUUGGCAUUAAUCUUUCACUGGGUUUUUCAGCAGGAAAACCGCAAAUGUUUAAUAAAAAUCAUUGCAAAAAGCAUGCCAGGCAGUGCCUGGCAAAGUGUGCGUGUGUGCCCUUUGGGCUGGCGUGCGUGCUUUGCAGAAGUGGGCCCUGUAAAUAUUUUCUUGACAUUUAGGAAGUUUAGAGAAGUGUUUAUUAUUUCCCUGCCAGCUUGACAACCCCAGUGUGAAGAAGGGAGGACAUGUGCGUGGCUCCCUUCCCUACCCCCCAGUAGGAUUGCCGGCUGUUCCUUACAGCAAAGUGCCGCUACAGGGCUUGUGGAGGGCUUCGAGCUGGUUUGAUUUAGGAAAGCAAGAAGCUACAGCUGGUGUGGGCUCAGGGUGCUCCUCCCUCCCUUCUGCUAUUGCAGUUUGGGGUAACAAGAUAACACUACCUGUAAUUUGUUCAGCCCCUGUGUUGGCUGCAGAGUUGCUCAUGGAGCUGCAGGUGCAGGCGUCCUGCCCCAGGGAGCAAGCGCGGCCCAGGGGGCACCCUCGGACACACCUGGACAGCUGGGCUGACCUCCAGUCAGGCAUCUAAAAGUGUAAAAACCAUGUCCUGUCUGGGGGUGGAUUCAAAGCCCAAAGCAGAGCCAAGGGUGUUAGCAGUUACAGGCACCAUGAGCUUUACAAGCUCGUGAGUCCUUGUGGCUUAGAAGAAUCCCUCUGCACUCAGAAACACACUUGGGUUUUGCUUCCACUUAGUGAAUCUUGUGGAGUUACUGAAAACUCUGAAAUAUGUAACUCUUCCAAACACGGCAAUGUGACUGCUGAACCUCCCAUCGCCUCAACACCCCAUGAUGUACAGUCUGCAGGCAGCCGCAGCCAGGUCGGUGCGGAGGGCUGUGGAGCUGUCUGAAUCAGGUGGUUCAAGAAGCAGCCAGCUGCAAAGACGUACCUGCAGCCAUCCCAAAAGUCUUGUUUGGGAAGUGCGGGAUGAUUUGUGUGGGGCCAGCGUGUUACUCUGCCCUGCGGCACGUGUUGGCAUCUUUGCAGUAAAGAGCAAUGGAGUUGCACGAGUUGUAGGAAUAUGUGUGCUGGUAUAGUGUAGUGCCAAGUGUACUGAGUACCUCCAUCCUGGAACCAACUUGCUAUGGAGUUGAGGGAAGAUCGAGACAGUUCAGCAAGUGUCAGUUUAAAUGCUGUUAUCAGCUUGGUGAGGAAUUUACACGUUUAGCAGGUUUUGGUCCAGCAUAAAUGGAGUGAUUCUGUGUUGGGGGUCCUUUGAGGCUCUAAGUGAAAAACUGGAUGUGACCUGAUACUGAAAUGUUGUCAGCAUCCAUUAUCGCUAGCAUUCCUACUCAGAAAGCUCAUUUGGGAAUCGCUCUGUCUUUGGUUUGGAUACACACAUCCCGGCUCUCCAUUAGCUCUUGUUUCUGUAGCAAAGCUGCGCAGCUCUCAGCAGCUGCACUGUGCAAGGCUGGCGGGGAUCCUGGCCGUACCUGCAACAGGCUCUGCCCAGGCUUAAUGAGCUCAGAGCUCAUGAAGUGCCAGCCUAGGUGGGUGUCCCUUCCUGCAGUCACACUUCUAACUGUGGUGUAGAUAAGUCCUCUGCGUCUUUCAGGUCCGUCCCUUUUAGGCACAGUCCAGCAAGUGUAUAAUGAUGGAAACUCUUGUGGGGCUGGCAGUGUUCUUAAGCUCUCAAUUUUGUAUAUGUUGAUUCUCAUUAUUUUAUUUCUAUUUUAACCAGAAGAACAACCCAUGCUGGGCUGUCAGGAGCUGCUGGGCUGAUGGAGAGGAGUCCUCCCAUCACAGCAGGGUGUAAAGCAUCGCAUCUGGGCAUGUUAGCUUUUUCUCUUUCCCCACUUCUGCCCACUAGUUUUCAUACUGAUUCCUUGCGGUUUCAUUUUCUCUCAGUUUUUGUUUCGGUGCCUCUUAAACAGACUUGGGCAUCACCUGUACUGUGGGUUUCUGUAUUUUACUGGCAGGUUUGGUAUCUGAAUAGAUCGAUAGCCAUGAUGUUGCACUAGAUAUGUAUUGGAACAGAGAAGUAGGCAGGUGAAGAAGCUAAAAAUGACACCAAAUAAUUCAUGAAUUAAAUGAAGAGCCUCUGUUUCAUGAAGACCCAGUGCCAGAGCAGCUCCUUCCUGCCACAGCAAAGGGAGGAGGAGGAGGAUCCUGAUGGACCCGGGGAGGUGGGAACAUGGUUGUUUAUAGGCUGUGCAACCAAAGAGCUGAGUGUGACUGGUCCGAAUUGCCUGGCAGUGUGAACUCCUAUAGCUCCUGCUGAGAAAGCUGAGUUUAAGAAUAUCCAUGCGUGACACAUGCCUGCCUGAGUAGUUUUUCAGGGAAGGACCUUUCUGUCCCGCACUGGUCUCUGGGACCUGAUGCCAUUCAGUGAGCUCAGCUACUUCCAGUGCCUGGAGCCUUCUGGGAGGAGGCAGGAGGCAGCUGUGUGAGAAGGAGAGAAAUAGGUAACUGAGACUUCCUAAAACUGCGCGGGCGGCAGGGCAACUGGAAAGCAGCUCUGGUGUUUUCAAAGGUGCAGACUAGACAUGGCCGUUCAUGAUUAAAACUCUGUCGGCUGAGAGUGAUAAUGCAGCAAAAAAUAGCCAUUUUUUUUUUCAUACAGUGCUGCCUUUCUCCAGAUUUUAAUGGAAGCUUAUCUGACUAAGCAGGCAUUUUUAUAUACUAGGUUUUUUUUCUGACACAUAAACACAAACAUUUUGUACCUCCUCCUGUGCUAAGGCAGUUGGUGCUGCUGGACACUGCUGUCCUGGAGGGGAAAUCCACGAAAAUAUACCCCCCGUGGACGUCUUCCAAGAGCACAUCCCUGGGGACACCGGCUUGGGGAACCACUUUGUCUCCGGGUUUGUCAGACAAAGAACCUUGGUGCAUUUAUCAUGCUUAAGGUUAGGGAAAUGGCAUGCUUUCUCCAGGGAAGGCAGCGGUUGGAUUAAGAGGAGAUAUCACACCCCGGUGUCCAGGAGGCUCAGCCAAAAGCGGCCCUCCGGCACGGCGGGGUGAGCCCGGUGCUGGGCUGGUGCCCAUCCGCGCUCGCAGGGUGACAGCCCCUCCGGCAGCAGGAGUGUGGCUGAAUCGCCUGUGUCACAGGCAGGGCAGCUGCUGGGCGAGAGGCCACGGGGGCUAAUUGGAACACUUCCUUCUCAAAUGUGUUUUUUACAUGAAGCAGACUUCUCGCCCGGAUGCUGGCCUUCACAGCCUUGGUCUGUGAAACUGGAUUUUUGGUCAAGAAGGAUGCCCCCUGCUCCCAAACAACGCAAGCAAACAACAGAAUGCUUUUGAGUGUUUUUAACCAAUAGUUUGCUUUAAUAAAUAUUUUGUAAAAUCAAAACAUUUUUAGCAGAAAGAAUAAUUUCUCCAUUGUCAAAGUAUCAAACCAUAGUAUCUCCAUUACCAAGCAAUAUAUUGCUGUAGAACCAAGAUAAGACUGCAGCAAGCAUCCUGAGCUCCUCUGUUGCCAUAUUUGCUUGGAAAUCUCUUUCCAGGUACAUUUCUUUCCAGGGCUUUUCCCAUAUACAUAUAAAUGUAUAUACUCUGUUACAUAUAGUA